AUGGCCAAGGUCAACAGUCAUGGAAGCACUAGGACUGCCUUAUACUUCGUGGCGGCGCACUUGAAUUUGCAAUUCUCGUUGCUGGCGCAACCUGCACUAGCUGAACAGGCUCCGGCAUACUCGAAUGAGUGUCCUUAUCCUUGUCUUCCGCCACCGAGUGCGGCCAUGGACUGCCCAUCACCGCCUCCUCCGCUGUCACAGCCGUCGUCGACGCCAUUGCCGCCGUUUGCCGACCAACCGCCGCCCUUCGUCCUCUAUCCGCCUCCGGACUCUGGGUACAUACCCUAUGCUUUUCCUCCACCUAAUUGGUACAUGAAUUCCAUCCCUCCUCCCCCCCCCGACCCAAUAAUGCCGUACUUCCCGUGGUACUACCAACAUCCUCCUUUCCGGUCGCAAUCACCGGAAACGAUUCAUUCACAAUCGAUGGUCACCAUUGCAGUGGUGCUAUGCUUUCUCUAUAUUGUUCUUCUUGUGGCUAUGUGA